GCGCGUUUUUUUUCCUGGCCAAGAUGGCGCUGCCCGUAGUACGGUGUUGUUUCCAGAGAGUUUUUGCUCAGAGUCCUAGCCAUAUUUCCUCUAGAAUUGUUCAAUAUCCUGCAGUGGUUUCUUGUUUUACCAACUUACUUGUUCCCAGUAGAAAGUAUGCUGCAAAAUCGUCAGCUAGUCCUAGGAAAUAUAGAAGAGCCUCUCAGGAAAAAAAAACAAUUUCAGAGCCUAAGGAAAAAGAGGACCGUUAUAAAUUGCCUUUACCACUUGAACCAAAGGAUGAUGUUUAUUUGACCUGGUGUUAUCAAAAAACAGUUUAUGACACAGAAGCUGCUUUAGAGCUUUUAAAGAAAUUUCAACCACUGGAUUUUACAUCCCCCACCCAGGAAUUGUAUGCACGUAUCACCUUGGAUAUGACAUCGGAAAAGAAGAAACCUGUGGGGCCAUUUAUUAGUACUCUUUUGCUGCCUUACCGUUUUACAGACGCCGUCCCCAAGAUUUUAGUAUUCACACAGGAUCCAAAAGAAGCAAAUCUAGCAACGGAAAAUGGAGCUGCCAUAGUAGGAGGAAUCGAGCUAAUUAAGCCGAUUUUAAAUGAGGAAAUCGAAGCAGAUUUUUAUAUCGCAGUACCUGAAAUAACAACAAAAAUUAAUCCUUUGAGGAAUUUUCUGAAACAAAAGUACCCUUCCAUGAAAAACGGUACCGUUACUUACAAUAUCCCCGAGACACUUAAUUUCUUCAAAAUCUGCCAUGAAUAUGCAGUGACCAACGACAACAUCAUCCAAACCCCGUUUGCAAUGCUGGACAUGCCUAAUGAUCAAAUACUUGCUAAUCUGGACAGUAUUAUUAAAGACAUUUGCAAACACAAACCUUCAAAACAUGGUCCUUUUGUAACAAGUAUGAGCAUUCGAAGUUCAACCAGUGAAGCCUUAGAUGUGAAAGUUGAACAAUUUCUUCCCAAAGAAGCUCUGGGACAGAAGUUGGAAGAAGCUGAAAGGAUGAGCAAAGAAGAAAAGCAAGAACCAGAUGAUUAGAAGGUUGCAGAAAUGUCAUUUUCCUUGUUAAAA